AGAGCAGCGACAGCGACACGACGACGUUUUUGUCAAAAAUCGUUUUUCGGCUCGUACGUAGUACAACUCAGUGAAUUGAUUACGUUUCACAUGAUAGAAAUUACAAAAUACACGGAAACUGAGCACUAUAUUGUAGGAAUUGUAACUUAAUACAGUUCUUCUGGCAAAAUGGGAAAGGCUAAAAAGGGUAAGAAGAACCCCAGUGCGGAUGAUGGCGACAGUGAUGUAGAAACAACAAAUAUUGACCAUGUGAAACCGGCUACAAAGGGGAAAAAAAUAAUCCAAGAUUCUGAUGACAGUGACAAUGAAAAACCUAAAUCAAAGUCAAAGCAUAAGAAAUCAGUGGAUGAAGAUAUCAAAGAAGUCACAAAGAGUGUAAAAAAUGUAUCUAUUUCAAAUAAAUCUCAAAAGAAAAAAGUUAAUGCUAGCAGUGAAGAUGAUUCUGAUGAAGAGCCUGAGCAAAAACCAAAGAAGAAUAAAAAGAAGGAGGAGAAGAAAAGUGCAUUUGCUCUCUUAGAAAUAGAAGAUGCUGAUGUGUCCCCACCUGAGGCACAUCCAUCUUCGUCUGAUGAUGAAAAACCUGUACAAAAGCAACAAAAAAAACUUACACAAGAUAAAAAAGAACCUGCAAAAAAAGGCAAAAAACAAAGAAGAAAGAAAGAUGAUAGUGAUGAAGACAUUGAAAAAGUACUUGCUGAGCUUGAAAUGGAAUAUUCUGGUAUCAAAAAGGAACCAACACCUGCUCCUGAACCCCCAAAAGUGGAGGAAGUAGUUGAAGAAAAAGCAAAAUCUAAAAAGAAAGUUAAAAAGGAAGACCCCAAACCAGAACCAGAAAAUCAAGCUGAUGAUAAUGAAGGUAGUGAUAAUGAAAAUGAUGUUACUAUUAAAACAGCAGCUCAAAAAAAAAAGGAAAAGAAAGAAAGAGAAAAGCAGAAAAAACUAGAAGCCAAGAAGAAAGAAAAGGAACUGGAGAACAAAAAAGAGCCUAGUGAGCCUAAACAAGUGACUAAAGCUCCAGAGAAAGCAGACAAUAAAGUAAGCGAAGAACCUAAAGCGGUGGUUAAAGAGCCAUCAGAAGAAAAAGAAGGAGAAGGAGAUGGUGCUACUGUUGGAGAAGAGAAGAAUAAAAAGAAGAAAAAGGGUGACAAAGGUGAUAAAGAAGAAAAAAGCAAGAAAGGAGGUCCCACUAAGAAAACUAUUGCUGCAAUGCAAGAAGCUCUCAAAAAAGUGAAAGAGGAAGAGGAAAGAUUAAAGAAAGAAGAAGAGGAAAGGAUAAAGCAAGAGGAAGAAAGGGAGCAGCAGAGGUUAGAAGCUAUUAGGUUAGAGAAGGAAAGGAAGGAACGGAAGAAACAAAAGGAAAAGGAGAGAAAAGAAAGGCUUAAAGCUGAGGGUAAAUUACUUACUCCUAAACAAAGAGCGGAUAAGGCAAGAGCUCAAGCUUUAUUAGAAUCUUUGAAAGCUCAGGGGGUUGAAAUUGGAUCUGCAGAGAAGAAACCACCCCGACUUGGCACGAGAGUAAAACCACAAAAGCUGAAGUCGCAAAUGUCACAAGAGGCACCAGCCACACCUUCAGAAGAGAAGAAGAUUGAGAUAGAAAUUGUGGAUAAAAAGCAGGAAGAAUCACCCAAGCCCGAGGGUAAGAAGGCAGAAUCGGACAAUGAAUCUGUGAAGGAUGCUUGGGAUGCGGAGUCUUCCGAAGAUGAGGCUGAGCCUGCCAAACCCGAGCCCAUUGUGGAGACUCCUGUGAGAAGCCAGCAAAAGAAGCCUGAACCAGAGAAGCCUAAAGAGAAGGAGGAAGAAGAUGAAAGUUCUUCAGAAGAGGAAGACAGCUCUGAAGAGGACAGCAGUUCAGAAGAAGACUCUGAUGAUGACCAGAUGACCGAUGUCCAGAAAAAAAGGGAAGCUAUUUUGAAAAGAUUGGAGAAACGCAAAGAAGAGAACGAAGUGAACAAAGUGAACAAUCCUCUGCGUGCGGCGGUGGUCUGCGUGCUGGGCCACGUGGACACGGGCAAGACCAAGAUCCUGGACAAGCUGCGGCGCACCAACGUGCAGGACGGCGAGGCGGGCGGCAUCACGCAGCAGAUCGGCGCCACCAAUGUGCCCAUUGAGAACAUUAAGGAGCAGACCAAACAUGUUAAGGGAGUGAACGAAAUAGCCUUCAAACUGCCUGGUCUUCUCAUCAUAGACACACCCGGUCACGAAUCGUUCAGUAAUCUGAGGAAUAGAGGUUCCUCACUUUGUGAUAUUGCUAUAUUGGUAGUAGACAUAAUGCAUGGGCUAGAACCGCAGACGAUCGAGUCGAUCAAUCUCCUAAAACAAAAGAAGACUCCUUUCAUCGUAGCGCUGAACAAAAUAGAUCGCCUGUACGACUGGCAGAGUGCGCAACGAAAGGACGUCAGGGAUAUACUGAGGAUGCAGCAGCAGAACACGCAGCUGGAGUUUGAGAAGAGGAGCAAGGAUGUUAUAUUGCAGUUCGCUGAGCAGGGUUUGAACGCUGCACUGUUCUACGACAACCCUGAUCCUCGGACCUAUGUCUCUCUCGUACCCACGUCAGCUGUGACUGGAGAAGGGAUGGGCAACUUGCUGGCCAUGAUAGUACAGGCUUGCGAGGGGCCGCUACACAAGCGCCUCGUGUUCUCGCAACAGUUGCUGGCUACUGUUCUAGAGGUGAAAGCUAUCCCUGGAUUGGGCACGACCAUAGACACUAUCCUUAUCAAUGGGACAUUGAGAGAAGGAGACACCAUGAUAUUAGCGGGCACGGACGGACCAAUAGUUACGCAGAUCAGAUCAUUACUGAUGCCGCAGCCGAUGAAGGAACUGCGAGUUAAGAACGCCUACAUUGAAUACAAAGAGGUGAUCGGCGCGCAAGGGGUGAAGAUUGCAGCCAAAGAACUGGAGAAAGCCAUCGCUGGCCUCAAUUUGUUGGUGGCGCAGAAACCGGAUGAAGUCGACGUUUUGAAAGAGGAGGUGGCCCGCGAGCUGAAGUCCGCGCUGUCGUCCAUCAAGCUGUCGGAGCGCGGGGUGUACGUACAAGCCUCCACUUUGGGUUCACUCGAAGCUCUGUUGGAAUUCCUCAGGACUAGCAAGAUUCCGUAUUCUGCCAUCAGGAUAGGUCCCGUGGUGAAACGUGACGUUAUGAAAGCGUCCGCCAUGUUGGAACAUGAUUCACAAUAUGCCACCAUUCUUGCUUUUGAUGUAAAGAUCGAGCGAGACGCGCAGGAGUUAGCAGACAAUUUAGGAGUGAAGAUCUUCGCGGCUGACAUCAUCUACCACCUGUUCGACAAGUUCACUGCUUACCGCGAGGAACUGAGGCAGAGGAAACGGGAGGAAUUCAAACAUAUAGCUGUGUUCCCUUGCAAACUUAAAGUGCUGCCUCAGUUCGUGUUCAACUCCCGGGACCCGAUCGUGGCGGGCGUCAUGGUGGAGGCGGGCGUCGUCAAGGAGGGCACGCCCAUCUGCGUGCCCAGCAAAGAGUUCGUGGAGCUGGGCAUAGUGACGUCGAUCGAGGUGAACCACAAACAAGUGGAGACGGCGCGCAAGGGCCAGGAGGUCUGCAUCAAGAUCGAGCCCAUCCCGGGGGAGUCGCCCAAGAUGUUCGGCCGACACUUCGACGAGACUGAUAUGCUAGUCAGCAAGAUUUCGCGAGCCAGUAUUGACGCGUGCAAGGACUACUUCCGCGACGACCUCAUCAAGACGGACUGGCAGCUGAUGGUGGAGCUCAAGAAACUCUUCCAGAUCCUCUAACCCACUGCGCCCCAGCCGACAGCCAGCUUGCUCGCGAUCUUACGUACCUGGGGAUAGACCAUCCCUAUCUCUAGUUUGUCUGUUCCAUCUACCCGUGUAGUAACACCAGUCUGUAUCAUAGAAUCUCAAAGCAUCCAUCACAUUGUGUCAUAAUGUAUCCUAUAGUCAUUUAUAAAAGUCAAUAAUGUUCUGUGCUGUGCCGUUAUAUUUUUAUUUACUGCCAUGUGUUGAGAUUGAAAUAUUUUAACAAAUUGAUUUGGUUUCUAUGAUGAGAGACACGUUGUAAAUAGUAUUAUACACGUUUAUUUAUUUUUUGUGCGAAGCGUCUCAUUUUUACCUUGGGUAUCUUUGUUUGGACCAUAAUUUUGGCUCGUGGUUGAAGAAACUGUAAUAAAUUUGCCAACAACAGUGUGGUUCAGCCGUUUGUGUAUAUUCCCGAAAAUCAUUUGUAAAUAUUCAUGGUUUACAAAAUUUGUCGUAUGUAAAUAACAGAUUAAUAAACUAGGUUGUUGAAUCACCAUGGCAUGUCUUUGUAUUACAUACUUUUAUUAUGUAUUGUAGUAACAUGUAUUUGUAGUGCAAUAAACGAUCUCGUCUGUAUGGUAUUUGAGUGUAUUCGUAGGGUAAUACCAGUUUUUCUUCGGUGCUUCUAUUGUAGAUGACUAACGCCAAAUUGUUUAUUCAUCGUUAGAUAUUAGAGGUAAUAAUAAAUUGUAAUGCUGUGGCGAUCCACCAGUGGAAGGACAGAGGUACUUAGUUAAUGGAGUGUGCAAAUAUAUUAAUUAAAAAAAAAUGAAGCCAUUUGAUCAAAUUGCUGGACAAAUUUGUGGGUUUUUAUAUUUCUUGCUGCAAUAAUACAUGCAGACUAUUCAUGGUCAUUAAUAGCGCAUACUCUACAGACAAAAGAAUCGCUAUAUAUCAGGCGUGUUCGGGGGGUCGUGUAUUGUACGAAAUUAAAUCGAAGAUGAAAGACUAUGCUCUAUUGUACAGUCGGGAGCGGAUUGAACGCGGAAUGCAGGGCAACUGUCCAUAUUGAAGGUACAGAAGGUUGUAUUUUAUAUGUAGGUAUUUUCCCUUUUUGAAAUGCUUUGUAUUAUAUAGAUGGAAUCGGACAUAUUCUUAUAUUGAAGAAAUUUUAUUAAACUUCUUAAUAUA